ACUGAUAAAUGCUUAUGAUGAAACUUGGGGACUUCAGCCAACCUACAGAAACAACGACCCAGUUCACGUAAACACAAAACGUCAAGGCCGGAGAUUAAUCAGGUUGGCUUAUCCGCCGAAACAUCAUACCCUGAUGACACCAAGUGUCCUGUAGGAGGACCAGACCUGCGCAAUAAACACCGUGCAGCUUGAAGCCACCGGUCGAACUUAAAUCAAUGUCUCACGGCAGAUGGUAGCAGAGCUUCCACUCUAAAACUAUUCUCUGCAAUAUGAAAACACUGUGAGCGCAUACUAAUCACAACGUGGCGACGGAUGGAUGCCUUGGAAAUGAAGGGACCUAUCAUGUAAAAUCACGUGUUGAUUGUUCGUUACGGUUGCCACACGGAGGGUUCUCGCAGACAUUUUGUCUUUGCACCAACUUAUGUGGGGGAGAUGAAAAAAUAUUCUGACACCGUUAUUACUGCUUGAACGAUGACACGGUUGUGGACAGUCUUCUCUGGUCGUACGUCAAAGUCCGAAGAUGACAACUAUAAUUUCACAAAGGGCCACAAUACGUGUGUUUGCAGUGUUGAUGUGUCUAGGGUGCCUACAUCUUCUCUAUUUCGUCCUGAAAAUACCAUAUGAGGAGCUACACCCGAGGAGAAUACAUCACGUGACACUCCAUCAUCUGAUCAGCAACGCUACACACCGAAGGCACUAUAACAGGUCGGUGUACCCCUCAUUUGGACAUAUGAAGUAUAUCCUAAAUAACCCGGAUGUGUGUCAUUCCAAUAAGGAGGUGACGGUGUUGUUCGUGGUACAUUCUGCCUGGUAUAAAACCGAACAGAGACAAGUAAUGCGACAGACAUUUUUAAAUCAGACCUAUUUCCCACAGCACACAGUUAAGUCGGUGUUUUUGUUAGGUUUAAAUACUUAUAACCAAUCAAAUGAAAUAAUUGAGAAGGAAAACGCUGUUCAUGGAGAUAUAAUUCAAGGAGAUUUUAUGGAUACCUAUCACAACCUGACCUAUAAAUUUUCUCUUGGUUUACAGUGGAUGGUUAGCUUCUGUCUUAAUGUUAAAUUUGUUAUCAAGAUUGAUGAUGAUACUGUAAUGGACACAUUCAGAUUCCUGGAAAGAUAUUUGCCAAAAUACCAGAACAAAAGACGUCACAUAAUUUGCAAUGUGUGGUCCAAGAAUUACAUGUCGAUAAGAAGGACGAGAAGGGAUGCUGUAAGCUGGGACAUUUUGAAGGGGUACAAGGUUUACCCCUGGAGGUACUGCAGUGGCUUUGUGGUCGUCCUGACCGGAGAUCUGAUCCCUCUUCUGUACAAGUCACUCUUCAUCUCUCCGAUGUUGUGGGUGGAUGAUGUCUACCUGUCCGGGCAACUCCCGUCACGGCUGGACAACGUCACCUACAUCGGCCUGCGACCUCAGGAAACGUACUACAGCUAUGACCGGAAUUUCCCAGAUAGGGUCAAAUGUCUAGGACUUCCGGGUUGUGAACUGUUUGUAUUUGAAGACAGAGACAGAUACAAGGACUAUUACUGGAAACUGUUAUUGCGUAACCGUGGACAAUUGUCUUGAGUUACAAAUCAUGUCUUAUUAUGAAUAUAUAUAUGUAUAUU